UACACGCCCACACACGGAGGAAGGCUUUAGUGGGUGUGUGUAGUCUUUUCCUCUCAUUCAGUGCGACGUUUUAUUUAAGUUGAAAGAUGGCGGCGGUGCAUCUCAGGAUCGGGGAUCUGGUGUGGGGCAAGCUGGGCCGUUAUCCCCCAUGGCCAGGAAAGGUAGUAAGUCCCCCUAAGGACCUGAAAAAGCCCCGGGGCAAGAAAUGCCACUUUGUGAAAUUCUUUGGAACUGAAGACCACGCCUGGAUCAAAGUGGAACAGCUGAAGCCCUACCACCCCCACAAAGAGGAGAUGAUCAAGAUUAAUAAAGGGAAACGUUUCCAGCAGGCCGUUGAUGCCGUGGAGGACUACCUGAAGAAAGCCAAAGGAAAGGAACAGAACUCUGAGGGCAAAGGCGACUCUAAAGGAAAAAAGGCCUCCAACAAGCCACUGAAAAUUCUAGAGGAGGACGACGAGGACCUCAGUGCACUGAAGGACCCCUCGGAAAAGGACUUAACUGACUCUGACCCCGAGCCGUCGGCUCUUGAGAGGCUGGGGGCCGGACCUGGUUCAGGAUUCAAAUGGGAAAGCAGUCCUGUCAAGGAUGACCCACAUUUCCAUCACUUCCUGCUCAGUCAGUCCGAAAAGCCAGCCUCAUCAAUGGAACCGAUUAGUAAGCGGCUGAAAAUCAUCGAGGAGGUCACAGGUUCAACUUCUAUCCAAGCAGCAGACAGCACAGCUAUUAAUGGCAGUAUCACACCCACAGAUAAAAGGAUAGGCUUCCUGGGUCUCGGACUCAUGGGUAGUGGCAUCGUUUCCAACUUGUUGAAAAUGGGCCAUGUUGUCACUGUGUGGAAUCGCACUGCAGAAAAGUGUGACCUGUUCAUCCAGGAGGGGGCCAGGUUAGGCAGGACCCCUGCAGAGGUGGCCUCUAUGUGUGACAUCACUUUCUCAUGUGUGUCUGACCCCAAGGCUGCCCGGGACUUGGUGUUGGGACCCAGUGGAGUUCUCCAGGGAAUCAGGCCAGGCAAAUGCUACAUAGAGAUGUCCACUGUAGAUCCAGAGACCAUCACAGAGCUCUCCCAGGUGAUCACGUCACGGGGCGGCCGCUUCCUGGAGGCUCCGGUGGCAGGAAGCCAGCAGCUCUCCAACGAUGGGAUGCUGGUUAUCCUGGCAGCUGGAGACAGAACGGUUUAUGAGGACUGCAGCAGCUGCUUUCAGGCCAUGGGCAAGACCUCGUUCUUCCUCGGUGAAGCAGGCAAUGCAGCGAGGAUGAUGCUCAUCCUCAACAUGGUCCAGGGCAGUUUCAUGGCCACCAUCGCAGAGGGGCUCACCCUGGCUCAGGCCACCGGCCAAUCACAGCAGACCUUCCUGGACAUCCUGUGCCAGGGCCAGAUGGCGAGCACCUUUGUAGACCAGAAGUGUCAGAAUAUCCUGCAAGGCAACUUUAAACCAGACUACUAUUUGAAACACAUUCAGAAGGACCUGAGGCUAGCCAUCUCCAUGGGCGACAUGGCCAACCAUCCAACUCCGAUGGCUGCAGCAGCCAACGAGGUGUACAAGAGGGCUAAAGCACUGGACCAGUCAGACAACGACAUUUCUGCCGUCUACAGAGCCUACAUUCACUAGAGUGAGAGCUGACCCAUCCUCUGGACCACGCAGUCUUUAAUCAUUUAUCUCUUCUUUGUCAUCUAAUGAGUUUUUAUUAGAAAUUCUAGUGGUUUUAUUUGGUUUUGCCCCAGUGCCAGCCCGCAUCGUCCCACACCGGCCCGAAAGUCUGGGAUUUUUUUUUUUUCUUUUCUCUUAUUCUUUUUCAAAAACGGCGACCUCGAGUCUUGCACUGACUCUACCGGGAAGAAGAACUGCUGAAAGAAGGUUCCAGAACGAGGUUCUGCUGAAGCUUGCAGACACCUUUUUUGAAAAAUAGUCAAUAAAAUCCAGCGUGGAGAGCUUUAGGGGAGUAUAGCCCCACCGUGUGGCGGGAGGUGUUGCUGUCAUGUUUUGUGCACACGUAAACAUUUUACCCAUGUGUGUAUUUUAAGUAAAACCCUUGGUUUUUUUUCUUUUACUGUUAAAUUGAUCACAGAAACCACCAAGAACAUGCCACUGCAUUGCCUUAAUACUGAAACCCUUCAAGUAUUUCAAUCCUAGAUGUAUUUAUUUCUGUUUUCUGUAGGUCUCCAUGGCGCAGCGUGGUCAGGGCUACUUCCUGUUUGUUUCAUACGGUAGUGGAUGUGAUGUGUAAGGACAGAGUAACAGACGUGUUGAGGCCUUAAACUGCAGUAAAAGCUAUUUUCACCAGAACUUCAGUUUCACGGAUGAUAUAAUUUUUUGUCUUUUGCAGCGAGUUCUCAUGUCUUUAGUUUCUGCUUUUUAAAGGAGGUAAAUCCUGUUUUGUUUUUUUAUUUGCAUUGAUAAAGGAAACUUAUAAGAAGUCCCAGUGUUGAUGGUUUGAUUGGGGAGUUUAUAAAAGAUGUAAGUCAACUAACUGAUGGCUAAUCCUUAUUUAAGAGCUCAUUAUUUCAGUUUUGUGCUGACGUUUUUGGUGGAACAUAAACUGUUACACAGUCGGCCUCCAUCAGGUGGCUCGUUAUGUAUCUGUACUUCCCUGCCUUGGGUGGCUAAUGAAGGGUGAAACAAACCGCUCACUUUCCGGUGAUUUCCUCCUUUACACAAAUGAACAAAUAAAACAAACAGAGAUCCACCGCGUUGUCAUGUCACAUAAACUCUGCCUCAUGCGUUUGAAAUGUGACGAAUAACGGUGAAAACGAUCCGAUUCGCUCCGCAGCCCGUUGAGCUCUCAUGUUCAUUUUCCACAUCACCAGCCCUUCUCUUCUGCGCUCUAUUAAUAUUAUUAUUUUAAUAAUUGGUGAUCUCCAGCAUGGAAAUGCAGCACUCUCUACAUUUACCAGAAGCUUUUUUUUUUUUUUUUUUUUGCAGUAAUGGGAGGAAAACUUGACUUUUGAUUUCAGCACAAUUGUUAUUUAUUGGAGGGGGGCAAAAAUCUCCUGUGAAGACGUUUCUUUUAGUUGUUUCCUCUCACCCUCAACAAUAUAUCAGAACUCGUUUUUAAAUUUAGAUUUAUUUAAAGCGACCUUUUUAGUAGCUAAUGAGUGUUUUGUGUCUUUUAAAUGUUUUUGAUUUCUCUUUUCUUUUUUUUUUUUUGUGAACAGAAUCCCUGAAGGGACAUUGGAGGGGAGAAAAAAAUCUAUCUGGUGCGCAUGAGAAUUAGUAUUUUUUCCCACAGUGUCCCUCUAGGGAUUCUGUACUUUUAGUCACGCUUCAAAAAUGGAAGAGACAACAGAACCUAGUGUUGAAGUGAGGUAUACAAAUAUAUACUGGACUAAAUGCUCCCAGUGAAAGAUGAAUUUGUGAGAUAAUGCUUCAUAAUAGGAUUCACUCGAGUCCGAAGAUGUGGAGGGUGCUGUCGCUGGAUGACCACAAACGGCUCACCGAUCAUAGAUAAAAUAUAUAAAAAUAACCAAAUAUAUUGAUGCAAAAACGAGAGUGAUUUUAACAGUAGGUACGUGAAGCAAGCUGUCCUGCUUCUGUUGGUUUGUAUGAAAUGAAUGAGCUCCCUGAUUGGCCACCAGAAGACCCCAGUGUUUUUCUUUGUCUACCUUCUCCAGUGGAAAGUAGAAAUGAAUUGGUUUCUCUUCAAAUAGGACUCUUUAGUUGUGUAGAAAAUUUAUAUUUUGGAAAAGGAAAAAAAAAAAAAACACCCGUUUGCCAUGGUAAAGAUUUUUUGUUUUUUUCCAGACACUUGUGAGGGUGGAAAGCUUGUUUUUAGAAGACAGUUGUAAAUAGCACAUGAAACUACAUAGGGUUCCUUUUUGUAUUUACAAUAUCCAGAAUUAAUGACAACUACUCUGCAGAACGACUAACUUCUUCUAUCUCUUGAUACUGUAGGUGGUUUCGUUCAACUGUAAAUGGUUUAUAAAUAUGUGGCUCCUACAGUCUGGCUUAUUGCAUUGAAAUCAUAAGGAUCUGGAUCCCAUCAGUACAGAGAGGGUGACAGUUUGGUUUUGGGGUUAUUUAUGAUUUUGUGUACAUGUAGAAAUACCAAGAAUUUUGUGCUGUUUAAUAAAUCCUCUCCUGAUUA